UAUAUGUAAUUGAUUGAUGUUAUAUUUUUAUCUUAUUUAUCUAAAAAAGUAAAAACAAUUAAAACCCGUAUUUACAGCUACCGUUUGAAACAUAUUUUCGAUGAUGAAAUAUUUUCAGUAGCUAAAAAUGUACAAUAUACCAUAAUUCACGCUAGAAUCGUGAAAGUCAUAAAUAUUCACAGAAGAACUGUCGAGUGAGUAUAUCAGUCAUGUAAAAGAUGCAAGACAUCUUAAUCUUUUUACUAGAAAAUUUUUGGCAUAUAUUUUUUUAUAGAAAAAAUUAAUUGUCUUCAUUAUUUAUAAUUAAUAGAUCCAAUUUUUUAUUGUCGAAGAUUUUUAGAUUACCUAUCAUCCACAUUUACGUGGACUUAUUUUAUUAUGCUCGUGCUUGGAAUAAUUGCAAUAACUAUCAAUACAUUUCGUGUAAGUUAUUUUUUUCAACAAAUAAUAAUCUUAUGCAAUACAUUUUAUUGUUUGUUUAUUGGUAAAAUAUAUUCUGAUUAAUUAUAAAAAAUUAAAUUUACUUAAAUUUAAAAAAUAUUACUAUGUUAUUUUUUAGUUAAUUCAGGCUAUUUUGAUAAUACAUGACUUUAAGGAAUUAAUAGGAGCCGUAUCUUUUAUUUGUGGUCAGUACGGCUUCUUGUUUUUUGCCAACUAUUUUGGACAGAAGCUAACAAAUCGUAGUUUUCUUAUGUUCCAUAAAGUGUAAGUUUUUAGAUUUAAUCUAUAACAUAUAAUUUAUACAUAUAUUGUACAAAUAAUAUUAUGCAUUUAAUAAGAAUUUUAAUAAGAAACAAGCAAUGAAACAUGUUCUUAUGUGCAAUUAUGUAGAUACGAUGUACCAUGGUACACAGCACCUGUGCAUAUUCAGAAACUUUUUGCAUUUAUAUUACAAAGAACAGUAAAGGGUUAUGUGCUCAAUAUUAGUGGUGUAAUUAUGGCAUCGCUGGAGGGUUUUGCAUCGGUAAUGAUAUACUUUUCUGCUGUCAAAUUCUAAUAACUAAUUAAAAGAAUUAAUAUACAAUUAUAAUAGUAUUAAUAAGAUUAAUAUUACUAUACAAAAAUGAUAACAACGAUUAAAGUAAUUCAAAUUUAUAUUAAAUUUUAAUAUUUUUAAAUUCUUUAAAUAUUUUUUAUUUUAUUAGAAUUAUUUGUUUUAGAUGACGAGUAUGACACUGUCUUACCUCACUAUGAUAUAUUCUGUGCGUAAAAGUUAAAACAUAACAUAUUUGAUCGUAGUAAUCGAAAACUAUAAUAUAUUAUGAACAUGAAAACUAUUAGUUAUUUACUAAUGUAGAAUAAAAUAUAUUAUUUACCAAAAAUAUAUUAUUUCCAUAAUGUGUUAGAAUAAUUUCGCAAUAUUUUUACUUUUAUACUAUAAACUUUGAUCGAUAAGUUAGCCAGCCCUUGCAAUAUGGCAUAUGGCAUUAGUAUGAAAAUACUACCUUUUUAUUCAUACACUGUAAUUUUACCCAACGGCAAUAUUAUGUAAGAACAAUUCAACAGAGCAAAAUCGAAAUAUGUAUUAUUUAGGGAAAGAAAGUUAAAAGAUAUCAUGCGCAAAACGUGACAAAACUAAAAAGAAAAUUAUAAUGAAGUAAAUUUACUGAAAGCUAUUAUAAUAUUUUAAAAUAAAUUUAGUUUUAAUUCUCUCUCAAAAUAAUUUGAAAUUCUAAAACGAUGCUUUUCAGGGACUACGGCUAUCGUUGUUAUGUUCAAAAUCUAUAUAUAUUUCUUUAAUGCAAAAUAAAAAAAUAGCUAUAUUUUUAUUUCUUCCACUAAUUAGAAUUGAAACAAAUCAUAUAAAUCGAUAUCAUUGAAAACUAUAUUACGAAUAUGAAAACUAUUAGUAAUUUACUAUUGUAGAAUAAAAUGUUUACCAAAAACAUAUUACUUUCAUAAUGUGUUAGAAUAAUUCUGCAAUACUUUAUACUUUUAUACUAUAAAAUCUGAUCGAUAAGUUAGCCAACCCUUAUAUGGCAUCAGUGUCCAAAUACUUUUUUGGUAUUCACUGUAAUUGUGAAUAAAAUCUUCAUAAGUAUUCAUUAACAUUGUGUUUAAUAUAAUUGCAAUUAUUGUAAAUUUUGUGAAAUGUUCUUACCUAUUUUACUUUUAAUAAACGUGUUAUAAAAUAUUUUACAAAAAUAUAUACAUAUAGCACUUAAUAUUUAUUUUCUGCUAAUAUAUUUCACUAACUGCCGCUUGAUAUGAUGCUCUAGGUUCAACCAUAAUUCGAUCUGAACAAAUCAGGAAAUUAGGUCUAUAUGUAGAAAGUGCCGUCCUGGGGAAGGGCAGCAACUCUUAUACUUCAGCUAAAUUUUUUUAUAGGCUGGAUAAGAACACAAAAAGAGAUUUGCCCAGAUGCCAGGACUAAACCAAGUUUCAAGAAAGAGUGAGAGAGAGAGAGAGAGAGAGAGAGAGAGAGAGAGAGAGAGAGAGAGACAUUUUAUAUAUUUAUAUAUAUGUAUGUAAUUUAUAAAAAUUUGACAUGGUUUUUUCUUAUCGAUAUUUAUUUAACAGAAUAAGAAUAAACGUUUUUUGUCUCGAACUUGACAAAUUGUUUUAUUUUUUAAUAAUUAUACAACGACGUUUUAAUUUAGGGUUCAGGUCCUUCUUAAGUAUGAAUGAUUACAUCAGUUUAGAAUUUCUCUCUACAGAAACAUUAAUGUUCAAUGAGAACACAUUAAAUAAGACGAACUGAAGUACUGUGAUGACACAAAACAAUAUUUCUUUUUCUUCUACUUUUUUAUUAAUAAUUAAAUAAUUAUUGUGUGUGUGUGUGUGUGUAGCGAAGAGCGCUUUUACUACAUUCAUACAGUGUAAAAUAUACUUACAAUUUAUAUUUUACAUUGUAAAAUAAAUAUUUUUAUACUGUAAAAAUUACACAACUUCUGUUUAUUCUUUUUAUUUUGAAAAUAUCUUAUAAGUAAAUCACAUAUGUCUUAAAAAAAAUAAACGACACGAGUAUAUUUUAAAAGAUUUACUCAUUCAAAUAUAUCCCGUAUUUCUAAAAUUGUCAAGUAACAAGCAUUUAAAACUUGCUUUAAAUGCGAAACACAACUAUUGACGAUUUGAUGAAUACUGAAAAGAAAUGCACAUACGCGACCUGCUAUAAGAAAAUUAUUCUUCUGCAUGAAUGAAGCUUGUAUCGUAAUUGCACAUAUUACAUACUAAUUUUUAUCUUGUCAAUUUUGUUCAUCUAUGAAUACACGUAAUAUACGAAAUAUGGAUAAAAUUCUAAAGUAUCUUUUUAAUACACAGAUGAUUUUAUAAAUUAUUAAACUAUGUUAAAUAUGCAAUUUAUAUGCAAAUUGUAAUGCUUAUUUUAUAGACAAGUGAGAUAUAGUAUAACAGAAAAUUGUAAUGUUUGAUAAAUUUGGAAAAUAGUGGGAAAUAGAGAAAAGGCAUAAAAGUAAUUCUUUAUUUCUUAACACAGAAGUAUUUUAACAGUCACGGGAAAAGAUGAACUUUGUUGGAAAUGUAUACUAUAAACUCAAUCGACGUCUAUUACUAUUAGUUGGUUUAUGGCCAUAUGAACAUUCAAUUUACAAGUAUUGUCAAAUGAUACUUUAUAACAUUAUUAUAAUAUUUACAUUGAUUUGCCAGAUUACGAAAUUAAUAACAUUAAAAAAUGUGAAAUCACGAAAUACUGAUAUGAUGCUGAAACUUCUCUCUCUUAUUGUAUUUGACAUAAUCUUCAUUACUAAAUAUCAAACGUUCUGUAUUGUUGCUAGAAAGAUAAGAUAUCUUAUGGAUCAUGUAAAAGAAGAUUGGAAUAUGCUUAAAGAUAAAAGAGAAUUAGAAAUCAUUACAAAAUACACUUAUAUUGGAAGUAUAUGCACUUUGAUCCUGACAAUACUGGGUUUUGCAGGUACAUUAAUUUGUAUUUUUUUGCCAUUGAUACCAGACAUUCUCAAUAUUAUUGUACCAUUAAACAUUUCGCGUCCACAACAACUCCUAUUUCCGGGAGAGUAUUUUGUUGAUCAACAAAAAUUUUAUUAUGCAAUUGUACUGCAAUUAGACGUUACUGUAGGCUUAAUAAUCUUUACUUUAAUAAGCACCGAAUCAUUGUAUGUGACGUACAUACAACAUGCUUGCGGGAUGUUCGAAAUUGCCAGUUAUCGGAUGGAUCAAGCAUUUAAUAACAAGCUUUUACAAAGUUACACAUCUGAAAAGCAAGCAGUCAUUAUUUACAAAAGGAUAAUAGAGGCUAUACAUAUUCACAAAAGAGCUAUCGAAUUUUCUGAAUUUCUAUGGUCUACUCUGGCAAUAUCAUACAGCAUUCUUCUUAUAAUUGGUAUUACAUCUUUAAUUAUUAAUCUUUUUUGCCUUUUUCAAACAAUUUUAUUUGUAAAAGCAAUUGACGAAGUAAUAACAUCGUUUCUAUUUACCAUUGGUCACAUUAUUUAUUUGUUAGUGGGUAAUUAUGUUGGCCAGAUUCUAAUAGAUCAUAGUGUCAGUAUUUUUCAGAACAUAUACAUUACACGGUGGCAAGGCGCACCUUUGCAAGUACAAAAAUUAUUACUGAUGAUAAUGCAGAGAAGUAUGAAAAGUUGCAAGAUGGUUGUGGGUGGAAUGUUUGUCCCAUCAUUGGAAGGUUUUGCAACGCUUAUGAGCACCACUCUGUCGUACUUUACAGUACUCUGGUCGGUACAAAAGUAAUACUAUUAACAAAAAA